GACACGUCGCGUGGGUGACGUAGUCACACGGCGACCAUUAUUGCGACACACACGAGGAUGGUUUAGUCAACGUUGAAAAACAAGGGUAUUCUUUCCUCAUUAUUUUGUCAUACACUGUUAACAGAAGAGGUCUCCGAGGCGCGGGGAACGAGAUCAGACCAGACAUGGCGGACUUGUCGUCGCUGGGUCUCUCGGACUGGCUGGUGAGGCAGUGUAAACAGCUGGGAAUCAACAAACCCACUCCUGUCCAGGAGCAGUGCAUGCCAGCGAUUCUGGAAGGUCGAGACUGUUUGGGCUGUGCCAAGACCGGGAGCGGGAAGACGGCAGCGUUUGUGCUGCCAGUGCUGCAGAAACUGUCAGAGGACCCGUAUGGUAUCUUCUGCCUGGUGCUCACUCCUACCAGGGAGCUGGCCUAUCAGAUCGCUGAGCAGUUCCGAGUCUUGGGGAAGCCUCUUGGCCUGCGGGACUGCAUUGUCGUCGGUGGAAUGGACAUGGUGACCCAGGCCCUGGAGCUGACCAACCAGCCACAUGUAGUUGUAGCGACACCGGGCCGGCUCGCCGAUCACAUCCGCAGCUCCAACACCUUCAGCAUGAAAAAGAUCCAGUUCUUGAUUUUGGAUGAAGCGGACCGGCUGUUGGAGCAGGGCUGUACUGACUUCACCAAAGACCUGGAGGUGAUCCUGGGGGCUUUACCGGCCAAACGGCAGACGCUGCUGUUCAGCGCCACGCUCACCGACACGCUGCAGGAGCUGAAGAACAUCGCCAUGAACAAACCUUUCUUCUGGGAGAGCAAGUCAGAGACGAGAACAGUGGAGGAGCUGGACCAGAGGUACAUCCUCACUCCAGAGAAGGUGAAGGACGCCUACCUGGUCCACCUGAUCCAGACGUUCACUGACGAGCACGACGACUGGUCCAUGAUCAUCUUCACCAACACGUGCAAGAAUUGCCAAAUCCUUACCAUGAUGCUGCGGGAAUUUAACUUUCCAACAAUCUCCCUGCACUCCAUGAUGAAGCAGAAACAACGGUUUGCGAACCUGGCUAAGUUCAAGGCCAGCGUCUUUAAGAUCCUGAUUGCGACAGAUGUGGCUGCCAGGGGUUUGGAUAUUCCGACCGUCCAGGUCGUCAUUAACCACAACACCCCCGGCCUUCCCAAGAUCUACAUCCACAGAGUCGGACGAACAGCGAGAGCAGGUAGGAGCGGAGUGUCUAUCACACUGGUGACACAGUUUGACAUCCACCUGGUCCAAUCCAUCGAAGAGCAGAAUAAGACGAAGCUGAAGGAAUAUCCUGUGGAGGAGAAAGAAGUCCUGAAGAUCCUCACCCAGGUCAACGUGACGAGACGGGCGUGUGAAAUAAAACUCGAGUCAACAGACUUUGACGAGAAAAAGGAGAUCAACAAGAGGAAACAGCUGAUCUUGGAGGGGAAGGAUCCGGACCUGGAGGCCAAGAGGAAGGCCGAGCUGGAGAAGAUCAGGAGCCAGAAGAAGAAGUUCAAACAGAAAAUCCAGGAGACCAUUCAGAGACAGAAACAUGGACAGCUGAAAAAGAAACUGACGAAGAGAAAACAGAUGAAAAAAGCAGCACAGGCAACAGCAUGAAAAUGGCUCAAACUCAAACUUGUAUAUACUAGUUAUUGUGCAAUAUCUGAAAUAAUUUCACAUUUGUCAGCAUAUGCAAAUAAAUUCAUACCAUAAAAAACACUGCUUGACAGCCUUUAUUGGUUUAGUUUAACAAGGGAAUCACCAUACUGUGAUGAUACGUCACUGCAAAUAAGAUUCAUCGUUUCAAAUAGUUAUUUACAUCACAUGAUAAUCAAUGUAAUCUCUACCUGUCGUAGAGAAUCACGGGUUUGGAUGCAAAUGCUUCAAACUAAUUACAACUCAAAUGGUCACUGCACAUGUUGCAAUUCAUUGUGGCUCAGAUGGAAAAGAAGAAAACACCAAAGCGAUAAAAUAGUGGCAGCAGGUUUUUUGAAGUUUUUUUUAAAGCUAUAACAUGUUGGGGAGUUCAGUGGAACGGGCUGAUAUGGGAAGCUAAUUCAUCGCAAAAAAAAAUGACAAGACUUGCACUAUGUCAACAAAAUGGGAACUAUCUCUAUCAAUUAAACAUGGCGGCGUCUACUCGCAACGCGAUUGUCACGUCUGCUGAAAUGAGAAGUGGGUGAGAAACAACAGUGGAGUACAUUCUUACUGUGUUCACAAAGCAUAUCUCCUGGAAGAGUUACAAAACUACGAGUCCUAGGGACAGUUUUUGAGGAGAAGAUACAAAACUCUGAUAAAAGGAAACAGCGGAAGCAUCAUUCCGGUUGUCAACAAGUUGCUACAAAAAAAAAAAGAUUUUAGUUAAAGUACACAAAAAGGCUAAACUGAACGACAAGACGCAGAAAGCAGCAAAUCAUCUCGACAGAAGCUAAGUUUGGAUCAAAAAUCAGGGUUCACAGUUCUCCAGGAGGGGAAGGUUUGGGAUCCACAUCCGGAGAGGAACUCCACAAGGAAUACACAUUACGGUCAAAAAGAGCUUUGCACAAAUCUAAAGUCCACAUAAGAAACUACCAGCCGCCAUUUAUUUUUACUCCACGGAGAAGGAAGGUGGCUCCCCCCACCCCCCAAUCAGCCCAUCCUUGAUACAACCCAGCCGCAAAAUGCAUUGACCUCAUCACCUCGCCCCGUUUUAUUAGAAAAAUAAAAUAUAACAAGUCAUUUUCUGUGGGUUUCUUCAUCCCUCUGGUGUCAGAGUUUU